AUGAAUUUUCCUAGAAAACUAAUAUUAUCAUUAUUAUGCAUUUGGGUGUGUUUUCUUCACACAGCAUUUAGUACUCAUUUUACUAUACGCCCCUUAGAGAAUGAUUGUUUUUAUUUCAAGGUUUCGAAAAAUAACGCUAUUGUUGGAUCUUAUGAAAUAAUGGAAAAAUACAAAAGCUGCUCAAUAACUAUUAUGAGCAUAAAUGAUAAAAAAAAAGAUAUCGUUUUUAAAUCAGAAAACAAACAAGAUAGUUUUAAUAUUAAGACCGAGAAAUCCGGAGCAUAUUCCUUUUGUUAUGAUAAUAAAAAAAAUAUAGAACUUACAAUAAUGUUUACUAUUAGAGUAAAAGAAAAUCAUGAUGAAGAUGAUACAGAGAUAGGGACAAAAGAUGAUGUUGACAAAAUAAAUGGCCAAGCAUUUGAUUUGUAUUCCCAAUUUUUGGAAGUUUUGGAUCAACAGGAGAGGAUGAUGGAAAAGGCAGAUUUAUACAAGCAAAUUAAUGAUAAAAUAAAUUCACAAUUGAUAAUAUGGUCAGAAAUAGAAAUUAUUUUAUUAAUUAUAUUAACAAUAAUUCAUAUAUACUAUAUUAAAUCAUUUUUUGAAAUAAAAACAAUUGUUUAA